AAAACAAUGCCCUGUCUAGUUUAGUUAGAUGUUGGAUUCUAGUGGGGUCGGAGGAAACAAUGAAUAACCAUUGGAUUCAUACAAAAAUAAAAAAGAUCAUUACUCUAUCAUGUCCAAAUCUUUUCUCUUUUUAGCUUUAGAGUUCAGACAGUAAACUGAAAAAUGAUGUUUUAGAUCUUCGUCAUCUUCUCGCUCAUCACUUCAGCUGAGUUCAGAAGAUCAAAGAACCAAACCCCCAAUUCAGUAUCAUUUCUCAGAUCUGUGCAGUUAAUUAGUUCAAUUUCUAGAUUUUUUCUAGUUUGGAUUUUGUUAGUUUAAUUGUAGGUUUUUGAUUCUGGGUUAUUGUUUUAAUAGUCCGAGUGAGAGUGAGAUAGAUGAAUUGGAGUUCAUUUUAGGUUAAAUCGAAGAAAAUAAAUUUUGGAUAUCUUUAAGGGAAAAUGAGGAGAAGAGCUGUAGAUUUUCGAAGGCCAGUAAGGAGGAGGUACUCAAAUGUUUUCCUUUUAACAUUAUGUGGGUUAGUUAUUUUAUUGUUUAUUGUUCUCCUCAGUCAAGAUAAGCAAACCAAAUCAAGAUCACCAAUUUCUCAGAAAUCCUUCAGGAACCGAGUUACAGAAACCCUUAACAUCACUGAAGAAAUGUUGAGCCCAAACUCGAUUACAAGGCAGUUGAGUGAUCAGAUUUCCCUAGCAAAAGCUUUUGUUGUAAUUGCAAAAGAAAGCAAUAACCUCCAAUUUGCGUGGGAACUAAGUGCGCAGAUACGCAACUCUCAGGUCCUUCUCUCUGAUGCUGCUAUUAGACGGUCACCCUUAUCAACUGGAGAGUCAGAAACUGCGAUCCGUGAUAUGGCUCUUCUCCUCUACCAAGCUCAACAGCUUCACUAUGACAGUGCAACCAUGAUAAUGAGGCUAAAAGCCAAGAUCCAGUCUCUUGAAGAACAGUCAAAUGCGGUAAGUGAGAAGAGCUCGAAGUAUGGACAAAUAGCUGCCGAGGAAGUCCCAAAAAGCUUGUAUUGUCUUGGUGUAAGGCUAACGGAUGGAUGGUAUAAAAGCUCAACCAUUCAGAGGCAACUCACUGAGGGACGGCGAAUUGCAGCUAAACUCACAGACAACAAUCUGUACCAUUUCUGUGUUUUCUCUGACAAUAUUCUUGCAACAUCAGUUGUGGUCAAUUCAACAGCUCUGAACUCCGAUGCUCCGGAGGAUAUUGUUUUCCACCUGGUAACCGAUGAAGUAAACUAUGCUCCGAUGAAGGCAUGGUUUUCCCUGAACAGCUUCCGAGGAGUGACAGUAGAGGUCCAAAAGUUUGAAGAUUUUAGCUGGCUUAAUGCUUCUUACGUCCCUGUUCUUAAGCAGCUUCAAGACUCUGACACUCAAAAUUAUUACUUCUCUGGCAACAAUGACAAUGGUCGGACUCCAAUCAAAUAUCGGAAUCCGAAAUAUCUGUCUAUGCUUAACCAUCUUAGGUUCUACAUUCCAGAAGUUUUUCCUGAGUUGAAGAAGGUGGUAUUUCUUGAUGAUGAUGUUGUGGUUCAAAAAGACUUGUCGCCUCUUUUUUCCAUUAAUAUGAAUAGCAACGUGAAUGGGGCUGUGGAGACUUGCAUGGAAACGUUCCAUAGAUACCACAAAUACUUGAAUUACUCGCAUCCGCUAAUCCGAACACAUUUUGACCCAGAUGCAUGUGGAUGGGCUUUUGGAAUGAAUAUUUUUGAUUUGGUUGAAUGGAGGAAAAGGAAUGUCACUGGCAUCUAUCACUAUUGGCAAGAAAAUAAUGUUGAUAGGACGUUAUGGAAACUUGGAACACUGCCACCUGGACUAUUGACUUUCUAUGGUCUAACAGAGCCUUUAGAUCCUAAAUGGCAUGUGUUAGGUUUGGGUUACACCAAUGUUGAACCGGAGUUGAUUGAAAAGGGGGCAGUCUUGCAUUUCAAUGGGAACUCAAAACCAUGGUUGAAGAUUGGAAUGGAAAAAUACAAACCGCUAUGGGACAAGUAUGUAGAUUACACUAAUACUCUAAUGCAGCAGUGCAAUGUCCAUUAAUUAUCAGAUGGAGUCGAUCCUUUAUACUUCAAGGGUGUACCAAAAGGCUUCUACACGGAAAUGCUGGUCAAAUAUUUUAAAACGACCAGUAAGUUUAGCAUUCUGUUGUCAGUAUUUAUUCAUCAGACUUUUUGCCUUCCCUGUCGUGGUACAGUAAUGUUUCGAAAGCACCGUUAUUUAUAUCAUGUUCCAGGGUUUAUGCAUGCUUUGGUAUUAUUACGGUAUGGGCAUUUCUGUUGUGCAUUAAGGGGUUAUAAAUUUGGAUUCUGAUUCAAGUUGGUCUAUGGCCAUACUUUGCAAAAGUGAACCCAUUUCUUUUGACCCUGCCUCUAUCUGACCAUUUUCAGACACUGAUGUUUCUCGUUG